GUGAAAGAGGAAGAGGGGGAGAUGACUGUCACGUCGAAAAAGGAGGAGGAUGAAACUGGAUAUCUGGGCCCGGUUCCCCAAAGCCAUCUUAAGGCGUCCAAUGGUUCUAACGAUGAACUUAGCCGUGAAAUGGUUUUGAAAAACCGUGCCCUGAUUAAAACCGUAGUCCUACAGGUCCCCCCAUCGCUCCCUCUGCCUCCAACUGACCAAGCCCCGGCCCCGGUUCCUGCCCCGGCCCCUGCUCCUGCCCUACUGGGGUGGAGCGAAGAGGAGGAUAUGCCCCGGCAGUCUUUCCUGCCUCCAAGGCUCGCCUCAGGAAGUGCUGAGCUGCUGCUUCCAGAGAGUUGGCGUUCAUCUCUCACCAAGGAGCAGCAGCGGUGGAUCGGCCGCACGCUGUUCACCAGGAACAGCAUUGGGAGGUCGACACUCACCACUGACCUGGUCACGUGGUGGACGCCUCCCCAACCGCGGCCGAUCUACAAUCAGCCACCCGCAUCCCCCGACCCCUUCUUCGCAUGUCAGCUGUUCCUUUGGAUGCCCGCACGUAUAUGGGCAUACAAGCUGGCAUGCCCCCAGUCUGGGUGCAGAGGCACACUCUGCAAGGCUGGGCUCUACAAGACCAUCCGGAGGGUCUUGGACAUCGACCGCUGGUAUCUCAUGGCCACUGAGUACCUGGAAUGCGGUCGGUGUAAGAAGAAGGUCGCGGGGUGGUCACGGGACCUUGUCAGUCAGCUGGACGCUCGGCAUCGCUGCCAGUUCCCAGCAAUAUUGACAUACAAGCUGUCCUGUGACCUGCGGGUUGUGAGGAUGCUGAGGUCGCGCUCUUUGGGGAACAGUGCGUCACAGACCUACAGCAAGCUGUGUGACAGUCACAGCGAGUCCUGGAUGCGGAGCGGUAUACGGUACCUCGGGGAGUGCGAGCAGUUUCUGGCCUUGGGCACUGGGUGGCAGUUCACAGAUCCACCGGAGAUGCCCCCGGUGCCCUCACCCGUCUGGCUGCUGACGGUCUACAGCCAUGACGUGCUGUCGCGGCUGGACGAGGUGAAGGCCAGGGUCACCUCCAUCUUUGGGUCCAUCUUAAAGAUGGACUCUACCAAGAAGGUGACUAAAAAGCUCGCGGGUACCGCUGCAGACACGGCCGCCUGGGUUACCAACGUCGGUAACGAGCAUGGGCAGGUCCUCGUCAGUGUCCUCACUGCCGGUGAGGGGGAGGGCCUGUUCCCCAUGGCGGCUGGUCUCAUGGGGCGGUACCGACUCGCCGGGGUGGCGCCCCCCCAGCUCAUGUACGUGGACCGAGACUGCUGCUCCAGCUUCGGCGGAUCAAAGACAGCUGCCAUGUACAAUGAGUGGGGCCAGCUGGUGGUUCGGCUGGACAUCUGGCACCUGAUGCGGCGGUUCGCGUCAGGUGUCACCACUGAGAGCCACCAGCUCUACGGUCCCUUCAUGCGGCAGCUGUCAGCCUGCGUCUUUGAGUGGGAUGUAGGCGAUAUCCGCCGACUGCUGGAGGCCAAGAGGUCUGAGCUGGAGGGGAAGCACGGGAUGGUCGGCCUCACCGAGGCGGAGGUUUUGAGGCAGAUCGGCAGGAAGGAGAUGGCACUUCACUGUCGGCGUCGUACUCGUGGAGCUGCGACGACCGAAGUCCUUCUCCUUGACCUCCUCGAGACGUUCAACAGCGAGAAGGGGGUCGACACCCUGGGCAUCCCGUUGCUGGACUCCAUCCGCAUCCAGGCAAUCUGGAAAGAGCAGAGGCGCCACCUCCACUGCAUACAGGACCCACCCGGUGUACAGCUGUACACCGAGACCGGCAAAAUCACCAAGGGCGGCGUGAUUUUGCCGGUUUAUCGCUGCGCACGGGGCUCCACAUCCUUGGAGUCAUUCCACCUCCACCUCAACCGGUUCAUCCCAGGUACCAGGGCAAAUGCCAUGCAUUUCCAGGCAUUCCUGUUGGAUGGACUGGUGAGGUGGAACGAGGACCGUGCGCAGGCGGCAGUGGAGGGAAAGAACAGGCAGCCUCUGCUCUCCUACAGUGGCCACCUGCAGCACAUCCUUAACCUGAGCAGCCAAAGGGUGCUUGGCAAAGAACAGGUUAAGGACUACUCCAAGCCUAGCGAGUACACGGGGGAACUCCUCGGAGUGGAGUACCUGUACUCGCAGACUGGCAGAGUGCUGCAGGAUGUCAGCGCGGACCCUGACCUUCCGGAAGAGGCAUCCGCCGUCGAGCAGCUCGACGAGGAGGACGAGGGCUUUCAGGAGGAGGAUGUGGACCCGACAGUCCACAUCCCUCAUGUCACUACUAUGAGCGCCCCGUCCUCCAGCUCAGCGGCACCUCUGUCAGGGGAACGCGCUGACGCACCUCUGUCAGGGGAAUCCGCUGAUGCACCUCUGUCAGGGGAACCCGCUGAUGCACCUCUGUCAGGGGAACCCGCUGAUGCACCUCUGUCAGGGGAACCCGCUGACGCACCUCUGUCAGGGGAACGCGCUGACGCACCUCUGUCAGGGGAAUCCGCUGACUCACCUCUGUCAGGGGAACCCGCUGACGCACCCAGGUCUGGGCCAUCCAGUCCCACCGCCCCUGAAGACAGAAGCUCUCCUGAGGUCCCUGAUCGACACGGUUCUCCUCACUCUGACCACUCCUCUGAUUCAGAGGGGGAGACGAAAGACCCUGAUGCAAUGCCAGGCUACCAGCAUGUCCGUAGGCUUGCCAGGGCCUUGGUGGGGGUGAGGAACCGCCAGGGGCUGUCGGACAGCAGGGUAGACGGUCUGGUGGAGCUGUGGCUGGCGCUGCCAGACUUUGACAAGCAACGCUUGAUCUACCCUGCCCGACACCAGGAGAGGAUCGUUCAGGGGCGGUUCAAGGCAACGAAGGGGAAGUCGUCCAUUGUCCUAGGAAAAGACUCUCUCCAACGUUGCCUUCUCGGACUCAACUCGGGCCCUGCAAGUUGGCCGGGCUCCAGCCGUUUGGUGGAGGCAAUUUGCAGACAGCUCUGUCAAAUCUAUCCCAGCGCCAUGCAGUCUGCCGGCGUGAAGAAGAGCAGGUGGGCACUCAUUCUGGCAGACUACGUGGCCAUCAGGGAGGCAGUGCUGAACAGCCCGAGGUUGAUGACCCGGACCAACCUUCAGCUCUUUGAGCUGAAUCAAAGGACCAUCAGUCAGUGGUACUCCCGGCAUCAGAGGGAGAGGAUGGUGCUGCAGCAGGGAUUGGGGCUCGCUCCUGCACCCAGCGUCACCACCCAGCCCCUCCACUACCAGCAGGAGGGAAUCCAGGCACUCUUCCCUUUCCCUACGCCGCCCCCCCCGGUCCCACGCCAGACCACCCAGCAAGGAGGGCACGCCCACGCGCCCAUUCUGCCAGCCCACCUGGAGCAACAACCUCCCACACUUCCCGGCCCCUCCCAAGCCCAAGGACCACAGACGGGCUCCUCUUUACCUCCUCCGGUGCCAAGAACAACGGCUUGGAGGAGGAAGAGGAUGGCGGAGGACAGAGAGGAGGGGACAGCCGGGAAGAGAAAGCAACGCGAGCAGUACGUCUGCUCCAAAUGCGGGUUGCCAAAGCGGCGGGAGACGGGGCACAGCCGCUUCGGCGGCGUGGCGUUCUGCUCUGUUGCUGCGGGGGGUAAGACCGUGGCCCAGUGGCUGGCGGAAAUGAAGGACGCUAAGGGGAGAGGUGAAGAACACUGAGCCACUGGCUGGGUGGUCGGACGUUUUUAUUGUAAAUAGUUCCCUGUUCCCCUCUACCUGGACCGAGACCUUGAACGCGGUGUAGAGGCUUGUGUGUGUCGAGGACCCUCAGAGCUAUAUUGUCUGUAGUCUAUAAGACCUACUGGUAGGGUAAACCAUGGUAACCCCAUGGUAGGCAGUUCUGAGGAACUAUAUUGUCUGUAGUCUAUAAGACCUACUGGUAGGGUAACCCAUGGUAACCCCAUGGUAGGCAGUUCUGAGGCGAGACACACAGCAAAAUGCACAUUUUAUGAACACAUUAUCAUUUUAUUUACAUAGUUCAAUAAAAGGACUAUAUAGCAAAGACAGACAGGAUCGUGAUGCACCUGUAAAAAAAAAAAAGAUAAGAUAAGACAAUAAAAUAUACAAAUCAAACAUGAUUUAUCAAUACAUCUUCAGGUCAUCUUCAACUUCUUGGUU